UCCUUGUGUGCAACUCUACCAAUUCGAUUUAUAUGUGCACUCUGCCUAAAAGAUUUCUGAGCCAAAAUAUUGUAGUACAAAAUGUGCUGAGUGGAUAUAAACAGAAGAACUAAGUCAGUGAUUUUAGUAGCUUUUAUUAAAAAAAAAAAUUUAGUGGUUUUUCAAAUAAAUUGCAAUUGAUAUGAAGGGAAUAGUGCAACGUGUGUCAGCAGCAAAAGUGACAGUUGGAGAUGAACUUGUUAGUAGUAUUGGACGUGGUUUGUGCGUUUUGAUUGGAAUAACGCACAACGAUACGGAGGAAGAUGUUGAAUACUUAGUGCGCAAACUUUUAUCUCUACGAAUAUUCGAGGAUACAUCUGGGAAACGAUGGCAAAAGAGUGUCAAAGAUGAAAAACUCGAUAUUCUUUGCGUCUCCCAAUUUACGCUAUACCAUAGAUUAAAGGGAAACAAGCCAGAUUUUCAUAUGGCAAUGCAAGGUGAAUCAGCACAAAAUCUAUAUAGUACGUUUAUGCAGCGUCUGGGAAAAGAAUAUGAUCCAAGCAAGAUAAAAGAUGGAAAAUUUGGAGCAUAUAUGCAAGUACAUAUACAAAAUGAUGGUCCAGUCACUAUCGAAUUGGAGUCUCCCGUAAAGAAAUCAAAGGAAAAUAAAGAAGAAAGUUAGUUAUUUUUGAACACUAAAAAAAAAAGAAUAAACUAUGAGUUUAUAACAAUCUGUGUGAUUUAAUUCGAACGCUUUUAUUGUAAAAAUGCUAGGACAAGAUGUCAGCAGAGCUAUAUUAAAAACAAAAAAAAAACGAGUUUUUUGAGAAGUGUGUUACAAAGACACAUAAUAUACAAAAAUAUUACUUUGUUACAAAUAUUUUACUAUUAUGCUGAGGCUAGUUGAGUCAGUGUUAACUGU